CCUCUCUGUGUGCUAGCCGCAAUGGCCACAUACACGGCUUACAGUGGCUACGGGAAGCCACCUCAAUCUUACGCAGGCUCAUACUAUGAUGAGAAGCAAGCCAAGGCCUAUACAGAUUAUCAAGACUCUGUAUAUGAGGAAAAAAAGAGACUUGAGAAGAAGGACCGCCAGGAGGCCAUCUAUUGUGAGGUAGUGGCCCUCGUCAUCGGUUUCAUUGGACUAAUCGGAGUGGCAGCAGUCACAGGCUUGCCGAUGUGGAAGGUAACAGCCUUCAUCCAGGAGAACAUCAUCGUCAUGGAGACCCGCUGGGAGGGUUUGUGGAUGAACUGCUACAGACAAGCUAACAUUAGGAUGCAGUGUAAGGUGUAUGAUUCCCUGCUAUUUCUGCCCCCGGACCUCCAGGCUGCUAGGGGUCUCAUGUGCAGCUCUGUGGCCCUGACCGCCAUCGCUCUCGUCGUUUCAGCAGUGGGAAUGAAGUGUACCAAAGUGGUGGACCAUAGGGCUCGCACCAAGCAUAUUGUUCUUGUGUCUGGAGGCAGUCUGUUCCUCUUGGGCUGUCUCACUACCAUAAUCCCUGUGUCCUGGACAGCUAAUGUCAUCAUCAGAGAUUUCUACAACCCUCUGCUGAUCGACGCCCAGCGCAGGGAGCUUGGGGAGGCCCUUUACAUCGGCUGGGUGACCUCAGCUUUGCUUUUUGUUGCCGGAGUGAUCCUGCUGUGCCGUCACGCUCCCCGCACCCAAGACCCAGAAGAGAGGAUUGUAUACAACCAAGACAGAAAUAUCUACCAACCUGCAUACACAUAUCAGCCAUACACGUACCAGCCAGCGUACACCUACCAGCCUGCCUACUCUGUGCCCCCACCAGGAUCGGUAGCAUACACACCAAGUCAGUACUAGUGAGGAAAAUAAAACACAGAGACAAUUUUGGACUCUUUAAAAAUUAAUUUGGCACAUUUGAAUGGCAAGAAUCAACUGACUAAUAUGACCUAACUGGAAAUGUUCAAAUCCUUUAUUACUUUCUUAAAGUUGGCUUAAAGUGUUUUACAGAAACUGAAAUUCAUUAUGAAAGUGAUUGUGUUUUAAUGAUGAACUUUGUGGAAUUAUUGCAUUCUGUGUGCUUAAU